AUGCAGAUCUGGAUAUGGCGUUUCUAUAGCGUUUUUUGUAUUGCCUGCUACUUUUUACUUCCAUUUUGUUUGUCACAAAAGCAGGAACUAAAACCUAUAAGUGAUAUUGGCUUCACCGAGAAGAAAACACAUUUAGCUGGAAUCAGGGUUGAAGGACUACCAUCCGAGGAUAACGGUUUCGUUGGUUAUACUGAUAAAGAAGUAUCGAUAGUACAGCCGGAUGUUCCAGUCCGAGUGGUACUGUUUGGUUUCGGAAUGGAUGAUAUAGCGUUGGUUGUUUUCACACGAAAUAACUGUUCAAUGUCCGAUAUUGAGAUCACACAACCCGAUUUUACCAUUCAAACCGACAAACGUGUAGUCGUUAAGGCAGCAUUCCCUGAUUCGGCAGAUCUCUAUUAUGUAUGCGUUAAGCAGAAGCCGAAAGAAGGUGCGAAAGGUGAAGAGAUUGAGCAGCAUUUCAUAGUGCUAAAUGAUUUGCGAGCUACAAUAUCAACUGAAAUACCACCACGCCAAUAUUAUUUGCCUAUGGGUAUUCAGGUUACAUUAAUAUGUUGUCUCUUUGUACUCUCCGGUUUAUUUUCUGGCUUGAAUCUUGGUUUAAUGGCACUCACACCACAGGAACUGAUGCUCAUACAGAAGUCGGGUUCAAAGAAAGAACGUGCAUAUGCAGAAGUAAUACUACCUGUGCGACGUUCUGGAAAUUUGCUCCUUUGUGCCUUGCUUAUAGGAAAUGUUUGUGUUAAUUCUGCCAUUUCUAUACUUUUCGAUGAUCUCACCAGCGGUUACGUAGCGCUUAUAACCUCCUCUGCUGGAAUUGUCAUUUUUGGCGAAAUCUUUCCACAAAGUCUUUGUGUCAAGAAAGGGCUUGCAGUUGGUGCGCGAACUAUAUGGGUAACCCGCUUUUUUAUGGUACUUACAUUUCCCAUUGCUUAUCCGAUUAGUAAAAUAUUGGACGUUUUGUUAGGCGAUGAAGUAAUAUCGUACGAUCGUAAGCGAUUGAUGGAACUUAUCAAAAUGUCAACACGUGAUGAAGGGUUAGCAGAAGAAUUGAAGAUUGCUGUUGGUGCCAUGGAAAUAUCCGAUAAGACAGUUAGCGAUGUUAUGACCAAAAUCGAUGACGUAUUCAUGCUUCCAAAUACUACGGUUUUAAACACAAAGACUGUUGCUGAAAUUCUACGUAUGGGAUACACUCGUAUACCAGUUUUCUCCGGUGAUAGAAAUACCGUGGUGGCAUUAUUGUUUGUGAAGGAUCUAGCACUUUUAGAUCCGGAUGAUAAUUUUACGAUUCAAACAGUUUGUGGCUUUCACGAACACCCCUUGCGUUUUGUUAUGGAAGAUACCCCCUUACGUGUGAUGCUUGAAGAAUUUAAGAAAGGUGAUUAUCACCUGGCAAUGGUACAGCGUAUUGUGGAAUCAGAAGAGACUGAUCCAGCUUAUGAACUCGUUGGGCUUGUUACUUUGGAGGAUAUUGUCGAAGAGAUCCUUCAAGCUGAAAUUGUAGAUGAAACAGAUGUUGUCAUGGAUAAUGUUCAUCGAAUACGUCGGCGUAAUGCUCAGGCACUUGAUUUGGCUGCAUGCUUACUGGAAGAAGAUGGUCCAUCUCGCAUUAUUUCAGUACAAAUGCAACUGGUAACAAUGCAAUGGUUGGCAACUAAUCAGCAUGCAUUUAAUCCGGAUCUCAUAUCUCCGAACGUACUUGAGAAGCUUAUCAAGCAGCACGUUCGACGGGUUGAAUUUUCUCAUUUACCGGAUAUGAAUGACCCUAAAACAGUGAUUCCACGGACAGCGAAACUUUACACUAAACAGGAGCCCUCUGAAAGAUUUAUAUUAAUUCUGGAAGGCAGAGCAAUGGUUACAAUCGGACAGAAUGAAAUGACUUUUGAAGCUGGUCCAUGGCAUUGUUUUGGUGCCGAACUUCUGCAGCAAUUGGUUGCAGUUGCACAACAGCAGUACGGGACUACUGGUGCUCAAUCACAGCAACAAGGUAGUGGGGCACAAGUGACAUUUUCACGCAAUUCUUUAAGUACGUCUGGUGUUUCACCAUCCGAACCAGUAAAAAAAAAUGCGAUUUCUUUUACGCCAGAUUUUUCGGCUGUCGUACGAGAUGAUUGUACAUAUUUGGAAAUCACCGCCCAAACUUAUCUACUGGCUUAUAAAUCGACAUUAAUUUCGAAAGGAAGCAGGGGAUUAUUGGUAUCAGCUGGAGGGGAGGAUGGCAGCAUCGCUGCCACAGCGAAUGGCCAAAAAAAGCUGUCUAGAUCAAGUCUCGAUGAACAUUGUCUAUUGCUCGGCUCACCGCUUCUUGACAACUCACAGACUGUGAAAAAGGCGAUGAAAUCGAAAAUAUUGGAUGGACGAAACUGGAAAAAAAGAUGUAAUGAAUUGUCGGAUAGGGAAGAUUCUCCAAAUCAACGAUGCAUUGGAUCCGGCAAUAGCUAG